ACCUGCGUUGCUGACUGCACACAUACCCACAGUAUUGACGCGGCCCUCCGUGGUCAAAACUACUGUAAUUUCAGGCGCAAAAAAUCUGCGCCGAGCAAUAUACAAGUGCGGAAUUACCACUUUAUAACGAGAGACAACAUACGUCGUGCACAGGUUUGCAGAUGUAAGUGAAUAUACCUGCAGAUACAGCUGAUGACAGAGCAAGAGAGUCAGUUAGCCAGCUAACCGCCACAGCUAAACUGGACUAGCAGGCAGGUAAAUGUGCGGCCAACCGGACACCUCGACAAUAACGUGCCAGUCAACUAUCUGAACGGAACCGAGAGCGUUUUUUGCACAGGAAGCGCGACCGAUAUAGCGUAUGAUCUUGGGUGAGUGUCAGGUCUAGCAUAUGGCACACGGGCUGCUGGUGUGACUUCCUCACGUACCGCUUCUUCCCCCGAUUUUUGUUUAUUUCCGCACUGUGGUUGACGAUGAGGAGAGUGACGGCGCGCAACGUUUGCCGGCUUUUAUUUGCGGCGUUGUGGCUCCUUCUGGAAGAGUGUCGAGCUGAGAGCGCGGCCCCGAGUCUGGCUGAGCGAGUCAUCUGGGCUGUAAACGCCGGCGGGGACGCGCACACGGACGUGCAGGGCAUUCAUUUUAAAAAAGAUCCACUGGAAGGCAAAGUGGGGAAAGCAUCAGAUUAUGGACUUCGGCUGCCCAUUCUGCGCUCCAGCCCGGAGGAUCAGGUUCUCUACCAGACAGAACGCUACAGUGAAGAAACAUUCGGUUAUGAAAUACCCAUCAGAGAAGAAGGCGACUACGUACUCGUCAUGAAAUAUGCUGAGGUUUACUUUGCUCAGUCUCAACAAAAGGUUUUUGAUGUGCGUUUGAACGACCACGUAGUAGUAAAGGAUCUCGAUAUCUUCGACCGCGUGGGUCACAGCACGGCUCAUGAUGAAAUCGUGCCAUUCUCCAUAAAGCGAGGAAAACUUAGUGUUCAUGGUGAAGUUUCCACUUUUAAUGGAAAACUCACUGUAGAGUUUGUAAAGGGUUACUAUGACAACCCCAAGGUAUGUGCACUGUACGUGAUGAAGGGCAAGCUAGAAGAUGUGCCGAAACUGCAGCCGCAUCCCGGUCUGGAAAAGCGAGAGGAAGAAGAGGAGGAAGAGGAGGAGGGGGACGUAGGAGAUGGCGAAAAGAAGAGCGCCUCAACCUCUUCAAAGAAUCCCGUUCGUUCCGGGCCUCGAACCCCAAACCCAUACGCCACGGACAACAGCAGCCUGAUGUUUCCUAUACUGGUGGCAUUCGGGGUCUUCAUACCCACCCUCUUCUGCCUCUGCCGCCUGUGAGGGGAAGCAAGUGAACGAGAGGGAGAAAGGAGAACCGAUGGACAUCAGGCUGUGGAGGGGUGGGGGGACGCACAGCCGUGGGGACAGGGAGUAACACAGACUGACAUUACAACAGGUAGAAAACAAAAAGUGAGAGAGGGACGUACAGAAAUGUGGACGUUUGGGGGAUUGCUGUGGUGAACUCGAUUUAGAAAGCGAGUUCAUUCGCGCACGUGUCUGUGCUUCUUGUUAAACACAUCUAAUGCCAGAUUUAGUUUGGGCAUAUCCAAGAGGGACAUAUUAAAUGCACAUACACACACACACGAGCCAGGGCUAAGCGCCUUACAACCUGGUUUGUCUGGUCUAACAGGAGAUGACACUUCAUAAAAAGGUUUUUUUUUGUUUUUUUAUGAGGUGAGGAGCAUUUUGUAUCAGCGAUGGUAUUGAUCUGCUGUGGUUUGGGAGGCAAAAAUGGUACAAGAAUCUUCUAAACUCCCUUAUUGACAUUUUCGUGUGUGUUUAAGCACCUUGCUGUCCACUAUUUUUUCACUUUUUUUUUUUACGUGUGCAAGCAUCUGUCAUGCAAUUUCUCCAGCUACUUUGUCUUUUUAAUUUGCAGCAUCAUUCAGGUUUGUCUGGUAACCUCCUAGCCCAUUCUUCAGUCACAUUUUUGCAGAUCAUAGCAUCUUUUAAACUCCAGGUACACAAGACCCGUAAAUGAAUCUUUAUCUUACAGUGACAGUUUGGCCCCUGAAUAACUGCAUGUUUUCUGUAUUAAACCAUACAUGCAGUUUUCUGUUUGAAAAAAAUCUUUUUCAGAUUGUAUUGAACAGAAGUACAUUUAAAAUGUAAAAUGUUAUUCUUUAUAAAUAAAACCGACUCUCUACCAUUAACAUUGCCAUAGCCAAGCUGGCAUAGUGUUGGAAAAUCAGGACAUGAUGUAUCUUGGAUAGCAUGUUAUAGGUUAUUAUGAAAAUACUUGUCUUAACUUGGCAAGGGCUUCGACACCUAUUACAUGGUUUAGAGAGGGAUUGUUGCUUAGUUAGGAAACCCGUUGCCUUUGGCACAUUUUGAUUAUUACAAUUACAAGAUCCACCAUUACUGUUUUUUACAGGAUCUUUUAAACAACUCCACCAAAGAUACUUUUUGUUGAUGUGGAAGAUUGACAGGUGGCUAGGAGUCUAACAAUGCUAUGGUUGAGAAAUGGAUGCGUUCAGAGUUUAACAGAUACAUGCCUGCCAUACACUGUGAAGUAUGGAUGCUGAUGUUUAUUUUGAGUGCAACUUUUUAUGGUAUUGCUUAUAUUGAUUGGCAGCUUAAAGUGGAGUUUCACCAACAUUUGCAUUCCACCUUAUCAGUCUUUAGCCAGGUUUUCCCUCACAGCUAUCCUGUGCCACUCUUUCUUUUACUUAAGCAAGUCUGCCUUAAAAAGGGUUUAGAAAGAGACUUACUUUCACACUGCUAAAACCAUCAGACCCUUCGGUAAUGGUCACAUACUUAUGCCACUGUGCUGUCUGAUGCCCCAUAUGUGAGUUCUGUGUGUCGGUUUGAACCUGUCUCUCGUGUGGACUUAUACACUUAUCUUGGCCUUCACAAUAAAUGUUUUUGAAGAGCGGGAAGGGAGGGCAGUGUUUUGCCUUUGUUCGUUUGUUUUGUUAAAAAAAAAAAGAAAAACAAUCAAUGACCGCAUUGAUGCACCUUUCUAAUUCGAGAGUGGCAUAAAAAUGGCCAAAGUCAUGAACGGUUUUUAUUUUUUUCUCAUGAAUUUGUACACAAUGCAUGUGUAUAUAAGGUACUUAAGAUCACAUUUGUUUUGCUGUACGGUUAUUUUUACUUUUGACAUAUAAUUUUGCCUAAUUGCUAUUUCUAUUGGGGUGUUUGGUUUUUUUAUUGCUUGCUAGAGUGUGAAGAAGUGGCCUUGAAAAUAGUUUUGGUUGCGGAUGUGGUCUAAGUAAUGUUUGAUUUGCAGCCACACAGACACACUGACUGAUUGUCGGAAAGAGCGUGAAUCUUAUAUACAGUUGGUUUCUUUAUAUGUUGUAUAAUUUAAGUGAAAGGAAAUGGGUUGAAAAUUAAAAUUAUUAUUGAAAAACUUAGUUGCUUUUAAUCUCCUCAGGAUAUUUGGGUUUUCUUAUGACUGUUUUUUUAAGUGUGAAUUAUUGCACUGCCUUUUGUUUUGAAGCAUUUGUGUGUGUGUGUUUUUGCAAUUUUUUGUGUACUUUUGAUCCCAUAUUGCCUUAAAUUUUAUUACAUCUUCUUUAUGUGCUUUAUCAUUAUGUGCUUCAUGAGCUUUUUCAUGUUAUUGAUUUAUUGCAUGAUUUAUGGUUUUUGUUCGGUUUCGUCAUCUGAAAAACAGUAAAGUUGUGUUCAGUUUGUCCUUAUCAAAUGCACAGCUCCUUGGACAAUAGCCAAAGAACACAUGGAUUUAUUGUGACCACCUUCAUAAAGAGCUCAUUCAUAUUGCUCCACGCCAUACAAACGGCUGAGUUUACAACAGAUGUAGUUUCUAUGUUAAUGUGAAAGUCAUGUCUUUGUUAAACUACCUGUCUCCCUUUGAUUCGAGCUCCCACCUGAAGACCACAUGAGAAAGCAGAACGGUUACCCCUCAAUGUUUUAGAGAAGAUUUCUGAUGUGGGAACUGCAAAUUAAUGCUGUUUCUUUUUAAUAAAUGUGCUAUUUUAUCUAACUGGUCUUGAGGGUAU